UCGACCAUUUUGUGGGUGUAUUCUCGCACGUCUGACCCACUAACACGAAUCUGUUUAUUAGACGGCGUGACGUCAGAGGAGGCGGAGCCUGUGGCGUUCAAAACACAGCUUGUUCUCAAUCCUCUCUGAUCUUCGCUUCCUGCUUGUUUUGCGCCUAUUUUUUUCGCUUACUUUUUGCCCCCGUUUUCUUUUUAAUCUCGCGUUUUUAUUUGUUUUUGCCUGUUUUUUUGUAUAAAUAUAUAAUGCAGCAACUAUCCGAUUUUUUAACAUUGUUUUGCAAACGGCGUUUUGUUCCGAGAUUGUUUACCCAGGCAGCAUCCCUCUGUUGUUCAUAUUCCUUUUGUUUUCGGUAAAUAUGGACUGAUUUAAAACUAAAAAAAUAAUAAUAAUCACCUCAAUGCUCCGUCCAUCCGAGGCAUUCUCUCCUGUUGAAACCGAAGAGGGGUGGAGUGUGUCCUGGGGGCAGCCUGGCUGGUGCUGUGGAGGCCAUGAAGAGUCCAGGAGCCGCAGAGGGACGGCGGCUGGUCGGUCUCCUUGAGGAUGCUCUGGUCCGGGAGGCUCGCCUCUGGAAGGUGCCAGUCUUCAGGAAUGGAUGCAUUCAGGNGGCAGACAUCUCCUCCUCCCAACAUCAGCAGACGAUCCUUUGGCUUGGAGAGAUGAACAGACUCUUCCUGUUCUGUCCGGAGACUUUUGCCUUGGGAGUGUGCGUCCUCAACCGACUGCUGUCCACCGUCAAGGCUCAGCCAAAAUACCUUAAAUGUAUUGCUUUUACCUCGCUGGUCCUUGCUGCCAAAAUUAACGAAGAAGAUGAGGUAAUAGGUUCAGUUAAAGACCUGGUUGAACGGAGCGGAUGCAACUUUUCAACCGCAGAGAUUUUGCGUAUGGAAAGGAUCAUUCUGGACAAGCUUCACUGGGAUUUGUACACCGCAACACCAGUCGACUUCAUUCACAUUUUCCACGCCCUGCUCGUCUCCGGCCACCCCCAUCUCAUUCCAUCCAUCGGUCUCAGCCCCGUCGUCGACUCCUCUCCGGACCCUGCCGCUCUCCCCUGCAGACCGGGGCAUCAGAAAAUGCCCCCAGGCCUCCAGGUGGCACUGUGGACCAGGCAGGUGCAGCACUGUAUGGCCUGCCACCAGCUUUGGCAGUUCAAAGGUUCCACGUUGGCCUUGGCCAUCAUCACUUUGGAACUAGAGGCACUCACUCCAGACUGGUUCUCCGUCUUCACGGAUCUGCUGAAGAAAGCACAGGUGGACAGCGCUGAGUUCAUCCACUGCAAAGAGAUGGUGGACGAGUACCUACACAGCCUGGACUCAUCCCUGCCGACCAACGCCGUUUACAUUUUUGACGGCGCCCACAUCCAAGAGCAGCGGCGAGCCUGGAGGCCCUCACGACGCCUCCGAAUGGCCAGAAGAGGGCGUGGUGGCGGCCAGCAAGGAGACUCGGAUGAAUAUUAUGACGGUUUGAGGCGUUUGUACAGUGAAGAGACCAAUCCAGAGGAGGAAGGAGACGAUAUCAAGGCUUUGUUUGCACCUCAGAAGGGCGUCUCCCCUUGCCCCCCUUUGCACCCCGCUAUCAACUAGCCAGACAUUUUCUCGCACCGUCCAUCAGCUGGACCACUGUAAGACCAAGUUAAAACAAGCUCUCCGGGGUCAAAUGAAUCGUUUUGGUCCUUUCUAUGCAGUCGUCCAAACCCCCUGAAUGUAGAGGCGGGUAGAGAUCAAUAAAGAGGACACGAGGUGACGGCACAGCAGCUGAGGGAGUUACUGAGCCAGACAGGAUUGAGAUUUGAAUGUUUUGGUUAUUUUUCCUCCCUUUUUUAUAUUUCAGAGUUCAGUUACUGUGAGGCAUCUUGGUGUGCAGGUUCUUCCGCUGCCACAAAGCACUUUGAGAUAAAAACAAGCUUUUUUUUUAUUUUUUAUACAUGUUUUACUUUUUUUUAAUGUUUUUAAUCUUAUACUAAAUGUUUUAUUUACAAAAGCUACUUUUUACUUAAAAGCUUUAUUUUCAUGACUAACUUUUUUUAUGACGUGCUUCUGCGUGACUCGUUUUAUGAUUUAUCAACUGAAUGGAAGCACCUUUGGGAGAUUUAGUUCAACACUAGAGUAGAUUGAAACAUUUUUGAGAUGAAACAACUGGGUUCAUGAUGUUUUAUGUUUCACAAAUAAUGUAAAGUUUGGCAUGAAGAUUUCCUGACUUUGUUCAGCAAAAAUCACUUUAAUUUUUUUAAUAAGAUGAUGGCAGAAAGAAGAAUUGGACUAUUUAAAGGUCGCUCAUGAGCACAAAUUGUGUCCAAGGCUGAACAUUUAAACCCAAAGACACUGAACUGUGUUAGCAAUAAUGUCUUUAAUGUGAAAACAUUUUUUUCAGUCUUUGCUCCUUACGCUGAAGUUACUGGCCUGAUUUCCUUUUUUCAAGUUCAAGGCAGCUGUAUUGUACCGUUACUAUUGUAAACACACAGAAAUAAAGCUAUGACUUAAAAGUC